GCUGCUACCAUGGCAAGCUAUCAAGCUAAAGGAGGAAACGGAAACAACGUCACGUCGGUCAAAGGUUAUUGUGCGCGCCUCUCGUGCGUCUAAACUAGCAACAGCUCAGAGAAGCGUUCCGUGGGGAAAAAAAAAACAACAAACUUUUAAAUCAUUCAGGGAUAUUUGUUUUACAAAACAGAGCAGCUUCUUACAGUUACUUACGUGGCGUUUUUAGCCUGAAGGCUAGCCUGGCUAGCUUUGGUUGGCGGCUGUUGAAGAAAUGACCGACUAAUUAGCACAAUAGUAGUUAGCUAGCUUGCUAUUUACUUUCACGUAGCGGGGCACAACAAAACCAAUGCAAACAUGCAGGACUUACUGGCAAACGUGGACCACAUCAAGUUCGACCUGGAGAUUGCCGUGGAGCAGCAGCUGGGGGCUCAGCCUCUACCGUUCCCCGGCAUGGACAAAUCCGGCUCUGCUGUGUGCGAGUUCUUCAUGAGAGCAGCGUGCGUGAAAGGCGGGAUGUGUCCUUUCCGUCACAUCAGUGGAGAGAAGACAGUGGUGUGCAAGCACUGGCUCAGGGGCCUUUGCAAGAAAGGAGACCAAUGCGAGUUCCUCCACGAAUACGACAUGACGAAGAUGCCCGAAUGCUACUUCUACUCCAAAUUUGGAGAGUGUAGCAACAAGGAAUGCCCAUUUUUGCACAUUGAUCCCGAGUCGAAGAUCAAGGACUGUCCCUGGUACGACAGAGGCUUCUGCAAACACGGUCCUGAUUGCAGACAUAGACACACAAGGAGAGUGAUUUGUGUUAAUUACCUGAUUGGAUUCUGUCCAGAGGGGAAAUCCUGCAAAUUUAUGCACCCUCGUUUUGAAUUACCAAUGGGAGCUUCUGAACAGCCUCCAUUGCCACAACAAAUUCAGAGUCAGACGAAGACCGGGUCAUCCAUGGGCCGUUCGUCACUCUCUAUAGUCCAGUUGGCCAGCCCAGGUCAGCGGCCACAGAACCACCAUUCCAUGGCUGGGAUUCAACAGAACCAUCUCAUGACUGGCAGAGGUCCUCGGCCUCUGGACCAAGUCACCUGCUACAAGUGUGGAGAAAAGGGCCACUACGCCAACAAGUGCACGAAAGGCCAUCUUGCUUUCCUGAGCGGACAGUGACCUUAAAGCUGCAGAGAAGACACGCUUGACAGGUUGGACUCUGAACUGAAAGACUAACAAGAGCGAUGUUCUGCCCAAUCCACACACAGGCACUAUUGUUUGUCUCAGCCUUUCUGUGUCGUGGAGGAGGUGCCCUGGUCAUCGUGUGGGAUAUCCAAGCGGAAUAUUCUACCAAAUUUGUGCUCAUCACCUGAUUUCACAUGACACCUUUUUUAUGCUGAUGAGAAAUCAUGGGAGGGUAACAAUGAAUAUUUGCUUGUAGUAGUAUCUACAUUAGCCCUGGUGCACAUUUUGUGAACCAUUUAAAGCCUGGAAGUAGCUCUAUGAUCAAUAGUUCAGCCAGUUUCCAACAUUACCACUGAUGCCAUGGUUACAUGUAAGGACAUUCUCCUAUAGCGUGUAAAUAAAUGUUUUGUUCUAA